UAUUCUGAAACUGUCCCCUUUCCACCAACACAUCAACUAACAUCGGAAGAAGUGUUUGAUACAACUGGAAAACCUCGGGUUGAUAUUUUGAAGAACCACCUAAUAAAAGAAGGUCGGCUAGAUGAAGAAAUUGCACUUAGAAUCAUCAAUGAAGGUGCUGCAAUUUUAAGAAGAGAAAAAACCAUGAUAGAAGUUGAAGCUCCCGUUACAGUGUGUGGUGACAUUCAUGGCCAAUUCUUUGACCUCAUGAAGCUAUUUGAAGUGGGAGGAUCACCUGCUAACACAAGAUAUCUCUUCCUUGGUGACUAUGUAGACAGAGGAUAUUUUAGCAUAGAGUGUGUGCUAUAUUUGUGGGUCUUGAAAAUCCUGUAUCCAAACACAUUAUUUCUUUUGAGAGGCAACCAUGAAUGCAGGCACCUCACGGAAUAUUUUACUUUUAAGCAGGAAUGUAAAAUGAAGUAUUCUGAAAGAGUCUACAAUGCUUGCAUGGAAGCUUUCGAUUGCCUCCCUCUUGCUGCACUUCUAAACCAACAGUUUCUUUGUGUCCAUGGUGGUCUCUCUCCUGAAAUAAAUAUAAUAGAUGACAUUAGGAGGCUAGAUAGAUUCAAAGAGCCCCCAGCAUUUGGACCAAUGUGUGACUUGUUGUGGUCAGAUCCCUCUGAAGACUUUGGAAGUGAAAAAUCACAGGAGCAUUUCAGUCACAAUACAGUCAGAGGAUGUUCCUAUUUUUAUAGCUUUCCUGCAGUUUGUGAAUUUUUGCAGAAUAAUGAUCUGUUGUCUGUCAUCAGAGCUCAUGAAGCACAAGAUGCAGGUUAUAGAAUGUACAGGAAAAGUCAAACAACGGGAUUUCCAUCAUUAAUAACAAUUUUUUCGACACCUAAUUACUUGGAUGUCUACAAUAAUAAAGCUGCUGUAUUAAAAUAUGAAAACAAUGUUAUGAAUAUUCGGCAGUUCAACUGUUCACCCCAUCCAUAUUGGUUGCCAAAUUUUAUGGACGUCUUUACGUGGUCAUUGCCAUUUGUUGGAGAGAAAGUGACAGAAAUGCUGGUAAAUGUUCUGAGCAUUUGCUCUGAUGAUGAACUAAUGACAGAAGAUGAAGAUCAAUUUGACGUAGGUACAGCUGCAGCCCGGAAAGAAAUAAUCAGAAACAAAAUCCGUGCAAUUGGCAAGAUGGCAAGAGUCUUCUCUGUUCUCAGGGAGGAGAGUGAAAGUGUGCUGACCCUCAAGGGUUUGACUCCCACUGGAAUGUUACCUAGUGGUGUAUUGGCUGGAGGACGCCGGACCUUGCAAAGUGCAAUACAAGGAUUCUCUCCACAACAUAAAAUCUACAGUUUUGAAGAGGCGAAAGGUCUGGAUAGGAUCAAUGAACGAAUGCCGCCACGGAAAGAUGCUCUUCUGCAAAGCAGUGUUAAUUCUGUGAAUGAAACCAAUGCCAAUGGACGCAAUGGGACUGGCAACCACAAUGCCCAGUGACUGCCACAUCUGCGUGCUUAACUGUUGUCUUGCCUGAGAAUUCCUAGAGAGCAACUUGACACGACAAUAGCCAAAAUAUCCCGGUCCACAUGUUUUACACAAAGUAAAAUCGUAGCUUGAUCUUUCGAAAGAGAACUCACUUCUCUUGCUUUGGGGAUUUGGGGAUGCUCUCCUAAAUGGGAUGACUUGGAUAUUAACAGUGUGUUAUCAAAGUCACCCUAUGGAGAGGUGACUCCAUCCAGGGACAAGAUUUCGCAUGUUACUUUUUUAUCAUUGUCAACACUUUUUACAUUUACAGAAUGGAAUUGUCUUUUCAAGGUAGGGUGGUGGGUUUUUUUUUGUUUUAAAUCAGAUCUUCUGAUGCAUCCCUAUUUAUUUAAUGGUCUUAUAAACUGUCUUUAAAUGAUAAUUUUACAGUGGUCUUAAA